GGGAUUUUUAAGUAGGCUGAAUGAAUACUUCUUUUUAACAAUGGUUGGCGACCCAUUUGGACCAACUGGUCAGCCUCCCAGCAUCCAUAGGAACCUAUAUACCUGUGGACAUGUCACUGUGGCGCCGCCCAGUGGUGAGAAGCAGUCAUUGCAGAGGGAGGACGGGUAGGCAACAGCCGGUAGGAGAGGUCAUCACCGUUCACCACAAUCCCUGGGAAGAGGCGGUUGUUGUCAGUUCACGCCUGGAUAACAGGCUGUGUCAGUACUUUUAUAACGCCAUGAGCAGGCCAAUUGUGCCGCUGACCUUCUGGUAAUAUUCCUGAAAAUGCCCCAUGCGUGUUUCUCUGUGCUAGAAGAUGGCGGAGUCGGAUGGUGGGGAUUUUGCUUCGAAACAGCUGCAGAACAGUAUGGCUAACAAGAAUAGCACCCUGCGCUGUACAUUCUCAGCCCCGAGCCACAGUGCCACCCUCCUCCAGGGCUUGUCGGUCUUGCGGGCUCAGGGUCAACUACUUGACGUCGUGCUGGCCAUCAAUGAGGAGCGCUUCCAGGUCCACAAAGCAGUGCUGGCCGCCUGUAGUGAUUACUUCAGAGCAAUGUUUACCGGAGGCAUGAGGGAGUCAAAUCAAGAUACCAUUGAGCUGAGGGGUUUGUCUGCCCGAGGACUAAAGCAUAUCAUUGACUUUGCCUACAGUGCAGAAGUCACUUUAGACCUGGACUGCAUUCAAGAUGUCCUCGGAGCAGCUGUCUUUCUCCAGAUGGUUCCUGUUGUGGAGCUCUGCGAAGAGUUCCUCAAGUCCGCGAUGAGCGUGGAGACCUGCCUGCACAUCGGCCAGAUGGCCACCACUUUCAGCCUGUCUUCCCUCAAGGAGUCAGUAGACGCCUUCACAUUUCGCCACUUCCUCCAAAUUGCAGAGGAGGAGGACUUUCUGCACAUUCCCAUGGAGCGCCUCGUCUUCUUCCUGCAAAGCAACAAACUGAAGAACUGUAGUGAGAUCGACCUCUUCCAUGCCGCCAUCAGAUGGCUCCAGUAUGAUGAGUCUCGGCGGGCUCAAGCCAGCAGUGUCCUCUGCCAUGUGCGUUUCCCACUCAUGCACUCGUCUGAACUGGUGGACAGUGUUCAGACGGUGGAAAUCAUGGUGGAGGAUGUGCUGUGCCGCCAGUAUCUCCUCGAGGCCUUCAAUUACCAGAUUCUUCCCUUCCGACAGCAUGAGAUGCAAUCGUCACGGACACUCAUUCGUUCUGACGUCAUGUCACUCAUCACCUUUGGGGGAACGCCCUACACUGACAAUGAUCGCACCGUGAGCACCAAGGUGUACUAUCUCCCUGACAUCGCCUCCCGCCAGUUCAAAGAGCUGACAGAGAUGGAGACAGGGUGCAGCCAUGCUUGUGUUGCCGUGCUUGAUAACUUUGUUUACAUUGUCGGUGGACAGCACUUACAGUACCGCAGUGGUGAAGGAGCAGUAGACAGCUGUUUCCGCUAUGAUCCACACCUGAGCCAGUGGCUGCGCAUCCAAUCCUUGCAGGAGGCACGAAUCCAGUUUCAGCUCAAUGUGUUGCAUGGACAGCUCUACGCCACUGGAGGGCGCAAUCGAUCUGGCAGUCUGUCAUCCGUAGAGUGUUACUGCCCAAAGAGGAAUGAGUGGACAUAUGUAGAACCAUUAAAACGUAGGAUAUGGGGUCAUGCUGGGACUCCCUGUGGAGAAAAGCUUUAUAUCUCAGGAGGUUAUGGUGUCUCAUUGGAUGACAAGAAAACUCUUCACUGCUACGACCCAGUAUCCGACCAGUGGGACUUCAGAGCUCCCAUGAAUGAACCCAGAGUGCUGCAUGCCAUGAUCAGUAGCAGGGAUCGGGUUUAUGCUCUUGGCGGUCGCAUGGACCAUGUGGACCGUUGUUUUGAUGUGCUGGCAGUCGAGUAUUACAAUCCAGAGAACGACCAGUGGACGACCGUCAGUCCAAUGAGAGCAGGGCAGUCUGAGGCUGGCUGCUGCUUACUGGACAGGAAGAUCUACAUCGUCGGAGGCUACAACUGGCAUCUGAACAACGUCACAAGCAUCGUUCAGGUGUACAACACAGAGACAGAUGAGUGGGAGAGGGAUUUGCACUUCCCAGAGUCCUUUGCUGGCAUUGCUUGUACACCAAUUAUACUUCCACAAAACACCACACAACGUUAACCAUCUGACCCGGCGACUGUGAAGAUCUGAUUCCAUGUGCUCUUUGUGCCGACUAUUAGGUCAAGGUGUAAACAUCAUGUAAGCUACUGGUGUGUGUGUGUGCAUGUGUGUGUGUGCUCAUGUGAGAGAAUGACCUGAAAAGCUACUAAGCAGCAUUACUUUGAAUGAUGUAUUAUUUUCUGUCCUCACAUUGGGUAAGGUACGUUUAAUCACCCAACAGACCUUCAUGAAAAUGAUUAAAUUUGGAUUUGGAACUAACAUUUUGUCCAAAAACUCUUAAGGGUCUUAUGUUAAGAAACUUUCGACAGUUUUGUGUCAGUAUUUGACCAACACAAUUUAAAAGCCAAAAAUGAGAAAUCAGAAAAGUCCUGCUAUGAUAUCUUCUGUCUUUGUGAUUAUCGUACACUUGCCCAUUUGGAAAUUUUAAGAUUACUGGCAAACUAACUUAAAUGAUACCAGACUUCUCUUCCAUACUAGUAUUACCAACAUUAAUAGCAGUUUAUAUUACAUACUUAAUAUGAUUCAAUCUGUGUUAUGUUAUUACCAGUCAAGGGCUUAAGUUACAGACUGUACAAAUAGCCUUUUUUUGAUUUUAUCCUUUAUCAGCAUAGGUGGCACCUGUUACAAAAAGUGGCUUUUUGCUGUGCAAAGGUAUUAACUGGCUCAACUGUUAAAAUGUUGUACAUUUUUAUUGUGCAGGAUUUUAGCUGUUAUCCUUUUUUUUUAUUUUUUUUUUGCUCUUUUAAUUCUUGUAAUAUUUUCUUUGUCAUAAUUUUAUUAUUCAAACAAUCAAGAACACAACUAACUAAAAGAUCUCUUCGUUUUAUGUGUGUGUCUCCUCAAAUCUACCUGUCAAUGCACAGUAAUGAUUGCACAAAUAAACACGAGUAGUGGAUGUUUUUAACUUUGAA